ACAGCUUCGGCGUUCCGCCCACCUUCCAUGUUGAAUUCGAGAGGCUGUACUGUAGACCGACAUGCUGAAAGUUUAGUUUGGCAUUCUCUUUAAACAUAAUCGAUUCGUGAUCCAAAUGGGUGACCGCCAGCUAGACCUGACAGAGGCACAGAAAGAAACCAAAUCAAAAUACCCGCCCAUCGACAAAAAAUAUGAAUACUUGGAUCAUACAGCAGAUGUACAAAUCCAUUCCUGGGGAGCGUCUCUGGAGGAAGCCUUUGAGCAAUGUGCCAUGGGCAUGUUUGGCUACAUGACAGACACGGAAACAGUUGAGCCGAUUGAUAUGAUUGAAGUGGGGUCAGAAGGGGAAGACAUGGAAUCUCUGCUCUUCCACUUCCUAGAUGACUGGCUGUACAAGUUUAGUGCAGAGAUCUUCUUUAUUCCCAGGGAAGUCAAAGUUUUGCACAUAGACAGAAUGCGCUUCAAGAUUCGCUCCAUUGGGUGGGGUGAAGAAUUCUCACUGGUAAAGCAUCCACAGGGUACAGAAGUGAAAGCCAUUACAUACUCUGCAAUGCAAAUCCAUGACAAGGAAAAACCUGAGAUAUUUGCAAUUGUUGAUAUCUGAUACUUGAAAAAUGUUGAUCACACCGUUGGUUUGUUGGGACUGGAAUACCUUAAGGGGUCUUUUUAAAAUUGUAUAAUAUUGUUUGCUUAUUAUAGAUUGAAGAUUAUAGAUUAUUAUACUCAUUUAUCACAAUUCAAUAACUAUUAAUUACAAAAUACCAGAAUAAUUCAAUCAUUAUAUGAUUAUUUGAACUCUAUUACGAUUAAGGUAUGUUUAUUACCUGGAAGUAAUCAUGCAUCUUAAGUGAAUCAACUCCAAACCCUUUAUGUUUUUGCUUUCAAAUGUUUUAACAACUAUGAUUAAAUGUAAAUAUAUGACUUUUGUGGUUUACAUUGCUAAUAAAAUAUAUACUGUGUAUGUAUAUAUACUGUGUAUGGAGUAUAUAUAUUAUACACAUGCAUAUAUAUAUAUAUCCUUAACUUUUUGUGAGUUGUGUAUAUGGCCUUUCUGGUUCAAAAAUACAGAAUAGAAAUGUGGCAUUGACCUAUUUCACACUUGUUUAAACGUUAAAAACAAUAACAUUUAGAGAGUAUUCAGUCUUGGCUAUAUUCCACUUAGUGGUAUAAAUAGAAGUAUCAUGGAACACUCAGUUUAUGAGACGAGACGAUACACAAGAUUGGGUCUACGAUAACGAGACAAGAUUUUAACUUUACUUUUAAGAAAAGUACUAUGGAAAAAAUAUAUAAAAAUUGACAGUUUAUCAGAUCGUUGAGAGACUUGUGCUGGCUACAGUUUGCAUAUCAGCCUCAUGUUUGGGUAUCGUGGAGACAGGACGCUGACCAUUUCUGAGCCUGGUGAUGUCAUAAUGCUAAUUAGAUGAGUGAAUUAACUCUCAACACAAACUUUGGGUCAUAUUGAUGUUUUUUCUCAUUUACAGUAUCUAUUACCGUUUGCUAGCGCCAACCUUUUGAAAUAGUAAUCACAAACAGAAUAUUUUCUUGAAUAAACUCCACUCCAUUCUUUUACUUUACUUGAUACUUGACAAGAUACUCAUUGCCAACCCAGAGGGAGCACUCCACCCUUUUCCGACUGAAAACCAUGGUUUCUGAUUUGGAGAUGGCAAGGCGAACCAAGCUCCUGCUCCGGUUGUACAGUUGUACUUAUCGUGUUCACCAACAAGUCUUCAAUAAAGCUAUAAAUGAUGUUUAAUAUUC